AUGAUGAGACGAACGCUGGAAGGUCUUCAAAACCCUGGUGUUCAAAUAGCUUGUGAGGAAAUCCUUGUCGAUCUGGAGUACGCUGACGAUAUCGUUAUCAUUUUCGAUGAGGAGGAGAAGGUGCAAGUGUUUUUGGAUGAACUGGACAAAGUCAUUUCGUCUUUUGUUAGCUAUUAUUUUGGAUUAUCGCACAAAAUGUCCAAUUUUUAUCACGGUUCUGAACCCGUCGUAAAGAAAGGAUGGUUAAAUGUCCAGCUCCCAGAAGUACCUCUCUCUAUUUACAUUUCAUUACAGCUUGUUCCAGAAGGCCUGUACACAAUGAGUGCACCUUCUGAGUCGGAUAAAAACAACUGGGUGAAAACAAUACGUGAAACAAUCUCUAAGCAAGCAAAACUGGGCAAACAAACAAUGGCGCCUGUGAACAGUCAAGAAAAACAGUCAGAAAACUUCGACAUCGCUCUUCCUUCCCGUCCGAUAAGUCGGACUGUUCGCGCUCUUGACAGUCGCAUCUCAGAGUACACCGGUCCUGAAAUGAGAACAAGAAAACUUAUGUCAUCUAGAAGUCUUGGAAGAGAGAACGGACGGUCCAGAAUGUCACUGCAGUCCACUAAAAGUCUAGAAAAACUUCGUCGUGAUAAACCCUUGCUGGUAUCACGCAAUUCACGAACACAUAGUGGUCCCUCCUAUUUAACGGAGAAAUCACUUGCCCCAGAGGUAAAACAUAUUAUUCCAACGGAAGUACAUUGCCAAGAACAAAGUAAUUUAAACAGAUGUAAGGACGGUUCACUGGAUACCUUAAGCAUAAGUUCAACUGUGGAUAUGAAAUCAAGGAAAUAUUCGGAUGCCUCUGACGUCACUAUCACCGGAGAUGGAUGCGGUACCAAACGGAAAUUCCUCACCAUGCCGAGGCGCAAUUCCCCCGCCCAAUGCAGAAGAGGGACACUAGUAGCCGUCGAAGAAUUCCAGAACCAUCGUCAAGAUGAUAGGUCAUCAACUCCACUUUCUAUCACAGAAAGGACCAAGUCGAGAAAUCGAUUUGGGGAGGGAGACAGUAGCAAUGAGCGUGCAAGAAAGAAUUAUCUAAAUAGUGAGUGUUUUCGGGGAGGGUCAUCUGCCAACAGCGACAGAUAUAUGGGAAACGACAUAUAUUCAGGAAGAAGUCCAAUUAUCUCCACCGUGAAAAGCCCGGAGCAAACGGGAGUGCACUCACAACCGGUUCGAUCGGUGGAAAUUCAACGAUCCAGUCCAGUUCGAUAUUUGACGAACGGAACCGAAGAGCCUCCAAGCAGUACGAACUCACCUAAGACUAUAACUAUUCUGAGACAAGUCACACCAGUCAAUGGACACCACGAAAGUUCUAAUUCAACGCUCGUCGCAAACUUGCGUGAUCCACAUGAAAUUGCUGAGAUGAACGGACAGAAUUUUAGAAAUGACAUUGGGGAUGACGAGCGUUCUAAAGAUAAACACGAACUCAAUAAAGUAAAGACGGAUUUGUCAACAUUCCAACUGGGUAUAUUCAAUUUCCGUCAGUCAUCAGAGCGGGAAAAGUACGGUGCACGAGGAUCUAGAAUUGUUACUAUUCCCGCGGGUACCAAGAAGCAUCUCCUGGAGUCUAAAGAAAUUGAAAGUGCGCUCCUCCUUGAAAACCAACAGUUGAGGGAACGAAUUCAGCUAUUGCACCAACAAAACAACGAGCUGGAAUCGAAUAUUUCAGGUCUGAGAGAAAUGGUUGAAAAUGGAGUGGAUCCUGGUUUAAAUUCACUGAAGGCCAAUUACAGCCCACGAGAUCGGUAUCCGUACCUUGUGAGCACUUUGACAACAACUGAUACCAAGCGCGCCGUGUCAGUCCCACCACAACGCGUCCAAGUCAUGACAACCGGUAAUAUACCAGCGUAUGAGAGAGUGGAGGCAUGGCUCAUGGAAAACCCGUCAAAAGUGGCGAAUGGAUUUGGAGUGGAAAGAAGCCGGCGCAAAAUGAACAACACGAGACGCAGAACGACGAACGAUAUUCCAUCUGCAGAAUAUAUUCAGUCAUCGGCAACAACAAAAGAUGAUAAUAUCUCGUUUGGAGUGAACCGGACGUUCAACCUAGACAUUAACUCAUAUGGGACUUUUGCUCUCAAUGCGCACACACAGCCACCGCAAGACACAACCCACACGACCAAUUUUGCCGACAGAUGCCCCAGCCCAGUCAAGUCGAUUGAGGAUAUCAGGUCUGCAGCAUCUCCAACGUUGUUGACCAACAAAGUUUCGACUUUCGCCGUAUCGGACACAGCAGAUCCAAAGUAUUCAUCCACAAUGUGGUGCCGUCUCGUUGAACUGUGGAGCACCUUGUUGAAUGAGGAAAGAAAGUUCUGGAAACUUCAACUGGAAAACGUUAUGCUUCAGCAACGACAACCGAAAAACUCCUCCUUAUCCCUUUGGUUUACAGAAUUAUUGGAAAAGGUUAACCAAAUGCACAGCGCCGAAACUGUCAUGCUCUGGAAACAUGUUUACGAAAAUUGGGUACCCCAUGACUAUCUCGAAUACCUGUCGGAUGAAAUCAGAAAAGCAUUGACGUGUCUUCACACAGUGAUUGACACUCUGUUUGGUAUUGUCGAGUGCACACGCCAACCUAAGUUGAACGAUUGGGGACACUUGGAUAAAGCACUAAUGGACUUGCGGCAGGAAGUGCUCAAACUCAGACAUUCGCCACACCAGAGUGCUCUUCACUAUGAUCCUCGUAACAAUGUUGCUGGAACAAAGUCCAAUAGCCUGUUAGAGAACGAAUUUUCAAGUUUGUCUGCUCAGCGAAGACCAUCUGAGGUUUCUGUUGGCGGUUGGCACCAGACUCGAACGUUACUACGGGAAUGCCAUUCACAAUUGCUUGAACAAAUCUACGGUGUUGCCGAAAUGGUUGGAGCAGCAUUGGAUACAGAUAUGGGAGAUUCCAUACAGGUCGCACGACAUAACACCACCGGGGAUAAGAUUAACCCUCUGAGGUCAAUUCCAGGCAGUGGACUACAAGUUGCGGCAAAGCUUCAGUCGCUUGUCCUCGACCUGGAGGCACGCUUAGCUGUCACAUGCCUCGCUGAUGGAGACGGGUCAAACGUGCAAAAUCCGACAGCUUUAGAUUCAAAUUUCGGAAAGUCCAUCGAGCAUGAUGAAGUGGAUAUACCUCCGUCGGUACCCCUCAAGCACAAUGGAAGUAAGCUCCAUCCCAAUUUUUGGUCACUGGACGAGCCCACGGGAUUUAAUUUGGAACCAUAAAGAACUUUUCAUACCGAGCAUCAAACCAAUUCGUACGCCAUCCGUGUCCUAAAGUAAAACUUGCAACUUUGUGAAGAUGCAUCAGACCAUUUUAUAUUAUCUGCUAUUCCAUCCAAAGUGCAUGACAAAAUGUACAUAGCACACAACGUUUACAAUAUUUUUCUCCGAAUUCCUAAUGCUGUGUACGUCUCAUAACUAUUCCUCAAAUAGCAAUUCCAACCAGACUC